GAGGCUCCAUUUUAGUAUUUACCCAACUUCACGUCUCCUUCCUAAUUUUCUUAUAUUGAGACAAUUUAACAAGCAAACCCAGAGAGAGAGAGAGAAAAUAAAAAAACUAAAAGACCCAAAAAGCUCCCUUCUCUCUUCGGUUUCUCCUCUGCUUUUAAUUUGUAUUACAGGAACAGGACCAUUGCUUCAGCUUCCCCAUUUUAACCUCAACACCUCUCUUGCCCCUUCACCUUUUUCUCUCACCGUCUGAGUCCUUUUUGAUUGGGGUGUCUUUUUCGAAGCGUAUCUUUUCUGGGUUCCAAUAAAUUUGAUUGAUUUCAAAUCUUGUUUGGAUGUUGCCUCGUGGGUCGGAGAACCCUGCUUAACUGGUAUAGUGGUUUGUGGAAUGGACUGGCUGUAUCUGCACACUGUCAGCCUUUGUGAAUGAUGUUCCGUUGGUUGAAGGGUGUGAAGUCUCUUGGCAUUUUUAAGUUGAAUGGCGAAUCAUCUUUGACUGCAGCGUUGCUCAGGGAUGUGCCUCCUGAGGUUGAAUUAUCUGAAUAUGGAAGGGCACCAAGUCCUGGCAGUGAGAGCCCUUCUGGGCUUCUUAAUGGUGAGAGUGUAAAUGUGGAACCAAUUGCUGAUUUGGACCUGUUCUUUGAAAGGCUCUACAGCUACUAUUGUGAGAAAGGGCUUUGGUGUAUUAUUAUAAAGUGGAUAGUUGAGCUUCUGAGCUUGGGAUUCACUAUAUGCUUCUCAGGAUUCUUCUUAUUAUAUGUUGAUUGGAAUGGUCUUCGUAAUGCAAAGUGUGGGAUGGAUGCAUUUGAAUCUGGAAUUAAGCCCUGUGACCUUGCUAAGGAAGCCCUUCAUCAGCACCCACUAACGCCUCUGACGCUUUCUAAAGCUAUCAUUGUGGGAUAUUUGGGUAUAUUCUCCAUUUAUUGGGUCUUCUGUUUUUUGAGGUUUUUUGCUCAAUUAAGGGAUACUUUGGGAGUCCGUCACUUCUAUCACAACAGCCUCCAUGUCACAGACAAUGAAAUUCAGACUAUGCCAUGGGCAUCAAUUCUUGAAAAGGUUGUUCAGCUCCAAAGAUCACAGCAGCUCUGUGUGGUCAGGGAUCUUUCUGCUCAUGAUGUGGUUAUGCGGCUGAUGCGGAAGGAGAACUACUUGAUUGGAAUGCUUAACAAGGGGGUGCUUGCUUUCCCAAUCUCACAGUGGGUCCCAGGUGCUGGUCCAACUGUCAAAUUUGGCUCCGAUGGAAAGCAAGAACGUCUAAUACUGACAAAAACCCUUGAGUGGACCUUAAAUUGGUGCAUACUGCAAAGCAUGUUUGAUCGAAAUUUUUGUGUUAGAAGGGACUUUAUCUCAAAUCCAAGAACAUUAAAGAAAAGGCUUAUGGUAGUUGGGCUUGUAAUGCUUCUCCUCUCGCCAUUUCUUGUCAUAUUCAUGCUGGUAUAUCUCUUCCUGAGGCAUGCAGAACAAUUUUAUAAUCAUCCAAGCACGGCAUCAUCUCGAAGAUGGUCAAAUUUAUCAAGGUGGAUGUUUAGGGAAUUUAAUGAGGUGGACCAUUUGUUUAAGCACCGAAUCAAUAGCAGCAUAGUGCAUGCUUCUGAUUACUUGAAGCAAUUUCCUUCUCCUAUUAUAUCUAUAAUAGCAAAGUUCAUCUCUUUUGUUUCUGGUGGCUUUGCUGCUAUUCUAAUCAUCAUCGCAUUUCUGGAGGAAUCUCUGCUUGAGGGCCAUAUAUUUGGUCGUAACUUGUUCUGGUAUGCUGCUGUUUUUGGAACUAUAACCGCUAUUAGCAGGGCUGCCAUUACCGAUGAGCUAUUGGUCCUUGAUCCAGAGGGGGCCAUGUCUAUGGUGGUGCAAUAUACACAUUAUAUGCCGAAGACAUGGCGUGGUAAAGAGAAUACUGAGAGGGUUCGGAUAGAGUUUGAAACCCUGUUUCAGUAUACUGGAAUGAUGUUACUUGAGGAGAUGGCCUCAAUCUUCCUUACUCCAUAUUUACUUUUAUUUGUCGUCCCAAAGCGGGUGGAUGACAUUUUAGAGUUUAUUGCAGAGUUCACAGCAGAUGUUGAAGGUGUUGGUCAUGUGUGUAGUUUUAGCGCCUUCGACUUUCAAAGACAUGGUAAUAGCAAUUAUGGGUCACUUUACAAUGUACCUCGCUCUCAGAGGAGUUCUCAGGGAAAAAUGGAGAAAUCGUUUUUGAGCUUCCAGAGUAACUAUCCAUCAUGGGACCCAAAUACUCAAGGAAAUCAGUUUCUUAAAAAGCUGAGAACUUUCAGGGAGCAAAAGUUGCAGGGACAUGGAACUAGACAUGGAUAUUCUCCUCCAAGAGGCUUUGGUGACAGGAACAACUUUUUAUUAAGGGAAAGGCCACAUCAUACCCUUGGAACUGGCUGUCAGUUGGGGUCUCUGUGGUUAAUUGAUGCAGAUCAAAAAAAUCACCCAUAUCUCCUUGAUUGGUAUUACACCUCUCGGCCACACCAUACGACAAGUUAUAUGGGGGACAUUCCAGAAGAACCAUUUGAAGUUACUGAGCAACAUUCUGCUGAUUGGAUGCCACCUAGCUUUACAGAUAAUCAAGUGAGAUUUGAAGAACUCUGGGGGCAUCAUUAUGAGGACCGUACACAGUCUAAUCUGGGAGCUUCCACAUCAGCCCCGUUCCACCGAGGGAGUGUACUUCAGCAUCAUGACGGUGGUAAUUCUGCGCAUCCAACAGGGAGUCAUUGGUGGGCUAGAACUGGCCAACAUCAUGGUACACAGCCCCAGUCAAGUUUCCUUGAGCCCCCGGAGUUCGGCCAACAUAUCACACAGCCCCAGUCAAGUUUUAUUGAGCCUCCAGAUUUCAUCCGCCAGCCUUCAGAUAAUUAUUACGAAAAUUUCUCAGAUAGAAGCUUAGAGGAACAAGAACAAGAACAACACUUUGAUUGGAAGAACUAUCACAAGUUAUCCCGAACUACUUACGUGGAUGACUUAGACUUAGAGGCAGGAGACUUCAAUCUUCAUUUUGAUGAUGUAUAUAGUAGACCUCCUGAAACUCCCAAGAUAUAGCCAUAGCCCCCAAACUUUUAGUGAUCCAUUCGUUCCCUCUAGUUUUUUCAAGAGGUUCUUGCUUAAUUAUUUGGGUGGUUUUUAGCUACUGGAAUGUGAUUUCUGUCUAUAAUACACGCAUUUAAGGAAUCUGUGUAUUCUUUUCUGUAUAUAUAUUCAAUCGAUUCUUGAUCGGCCAAUGCC